AUGGUGAGAACAUCGCAGAUUGCACGGGAUUCACCCGAAGAACCGAUCCGAUGGAUCCAACGGGACUAUGUCGACCAUCAAGGCAACCCGGUCAUUCUAGGGAAGGUGGCUAGCUACACAAGGGAAUUUUAUCAGCCAGAGCAAGAUGAAAUCGAGGCGUACCGAAUCCAACCUCCCUUUCUGGAGAUCUACUCAUACAAGCCAUCGGAUGGUCUGGCCUGUGUAGAGCAUCAGCGUCGUGAAGUUGCUUAUCGUAAGCGUCUUCACCAGCAGGAAGGCAAAGAAGAUGAAAGUCUUCCCCCAUUGAUUCCCACAAUGCAAACCAGCUUCAAGGAUCAGUUCAUGUCUGGAUUCUGCUUCCUUCUUACGUCUAAGAGCUAUCUUAAAGGUGCAUUCCGUGACAAUAACCAUGGCACGGGUCCCUGGUGGAUUAGUUUCGAUCGGAGUCUUCCACCUGCAGAGUGGGGUAUUGCUGUCUAUCCCGAAAUUCGCGAUAUCACUGUGAAAAUCACGGUUGAUCAGUGUAUACUUGGUUUCGAUAUAAAGGAUUUGAUGACACAAUCCUAUUCAGUUUAUGUUUAUGGGCAGCAUGAUUAUGGGCUCCAUGAACCGCCCCCACCCACACCAUCUGAGGAGAAUCCAACCACCCAAGACAUUCAGCAGAUUUUGGAGCAGCAACAGCAAACAGCAGAUGUCCAAUCUAUUGACUCAAAUAUUCUUCGUCUGACCUGGAGAUCCGAGAACAAAUCGGUCACAGUUACAAACUCCGCGGACAAGGAAUCCGACAUCCAAUACGUGAUCUACGUGCCAUUCUUAGCAGACAUCAAUCAUGAUCAGACCGUUCUCCUAGAAACCACCGCACGUACAUUCACCACGGGCAUUAUUUCCCACCUCCCCUCCAAAACAAUUUACUUCGAGUUCCGGAUCCCAGGCUCUUCCUUAUCAUCCCUUAUAUCCGCGCCACCCAACGGACUUGAUAUCGGUGCCUCCCAUGAAUUCGGGGCGGGCUCAGGAACGUUCAUUCGGGUACUGCCUCAGAGUUUACGUGACUUUUCUUUCCGCCCAAUUUCCCAUCAUUAUUUUACAGUGGUUCUUGAUAAGCCCGCCUUCAUCCAAGAGCCCAAUAUCGUCAUUGAGACUCAUCGGAGUGUUGGUAUCCAGGAAGCUGCAAGAAAGCUUGGGAUGCUUUCGGUGGAAGAAAAUAUUCAGUAUAGUGCAAGGAAGCUCACCCCUGAAGAGCAUAGAGAAAUGCUGUCUUUGUCGCCGGAGGAGUAUGAGCAGAAGAUGAACUUCUAA